AUGACGGAAGAAGGUUUUAGACCCAACCAGUUUACCUUUUCCAGUGUCCAGGUUUCUUGUUCUGGCCUUUGUUUUCUCGAGUAUGGACAGCAAAUUCAUGGUCUUUUGUGCAAGGCUGGGUUGGACACGGACAAGUGCAUAGAGAGUGCUCUGGUGGACAUGUAUGCAAAUUGUGGCAGUGUACGUGAGGCAGAGAAGGUCUUUGAAAGGAUUUCUAACCCUGAUACUGUCUCAUGGACAGCUAUGAUGUCAAGUUAUGCUCAACAUGGUCUUUCAGAGGAUGCCCUUAGACUCUUUAGAAAGAUGGAGCAACUGGGUAUGAAGCCUAAUUCUGUUACUUUACUUUGUGUUCUGUUUGCUUGCAGCCACAGAGGACUGGUAGAGCAAGGAUUAAUUUUUUUUCAACGAACGGAACAAAAUUAUGGUCUGGUGCCAGAGAUGGAACAUUAUGCUUGUAUUGUUGAUCUAUUUGGUCGUGUGGGUUGUUUGGAUGAUGCAAUGGAAGUUCACGGCAAUGUUGAGUUGGGUGAAAUUGCUGCAGAGAAGGUCCUUUCAGUUAGAGCAGACUCAGCUACCCAUUUUCUAUUAUCCAACACGUAUAUUGAGAGUGGGAGUUUUGAAGAUGGCCUUACUCUUAGAGAAGUAAUGAAAGAGAAAGGUGUAAAGAAGGAACCAGGAUAUAGUUGGAUUUCUGUACAAGGUAAAGUCCAUAAAUUCUAUGCAGGCGAUCAACAACAUCCACAAAAAGAUGACAUCUAUGCCAAGUUAGAAGAGUUAAGGGAGAAGGUUGAGUCCAUGGGUUAUAUACCAGACUUGAAUAUUGCUUUGCGACUAUAUUUAAGGAAAAAUUAG